CGCGUUGUUUACUCGGUGUUGACUUCUGAGGCGAGCGCGGUUUGUGUGUUUGCGGACUUAAACACUCAGAACAACAGGCAACACGCAUAAGUUCAGUGACGCUGCUCCCACAAACCCUGCAGAAUGAACUGCUCUGAAGAUACUGAAGAACAAAAAGAGUUGAUUGAAGAAAAUAAGGAGAAUAAAGAAUUGAGUGAAAUUGAGGAGAAAAAUAAUGCCAAAACUGGAGAAAAACAUUUGAGUUGCUCUCAAACUAAACAGAAAAAUGUAAAGAAAGGAGGAGCCCAGAAAUCUGUCACCUGCACUCAGUGUGGAAAGAGUUUCACAUGCAAAUAUAGUCUUGAUGUUCACAUGAGAGUUCAUACUGGAGAGAAACCGUUCACUUGUGAUCAAUGUGGGAAGAGUUUCAAACAAUCAGCAAGCCUUAAGAGACACAUGAACAUCCACACUAGAGAGAAACCAAACAAGUGUUCAUACUGUGACAAGAGAUUCAGUCGGUCAGAAAUCCUGAAAACACACGAGAGGAUCCACACUGGAGAAAAACCGUACACAUGUGAUCAGUGCGGGAAGCGUUUUGCACAAAGAGGACACCUUACAGAGCAUAUGAACAUCCACCCUGGAGAAAAACCUUACAAGUGUUCACACUGUGACAAGAGAUUCAAUCAGUCAGGAAUCCUGAAAAAACAUGAAAGGAUCCACACUGGAGAGAAACCGUACAAGUGUUCAGACUGCGACAAGAGAUUUAAUCGUUCAGCAAAUCUGAAAGCACACAAGAUUAUCCACACUGAAGAGAAACCAUACACUUGUGAUCAGUGCGGGAAAAGUUUUGCACAAAAAGGACACCUUACGACACAUAUGAGAGUUCAUACUGGAGAGAAGCUGUUCACUUGUGAUCAAUGUGGCAAGAGUUUCAAACAGUCAUCAUAUCUUAAAGGACACAUGAACAUCCACACUGGAGAGAAAUUGUACGCAUGUGAUCAAUGCGGAAAAACAUUUUUGUGGGCUUCAUACCUGAAGAAGCACCUGAAAGUUCAUAGAAAGGAGAAGCCAUAUUCGUGUUCUUUAUGCGAGAGGAGUUUUUCACGUCUAGCACAUUUAAAAGAACAUCAGAAAAUACAUACUGGUGUAAGAGAGUACAUGUGCUUUGAGUGUGAAAAGACUUUUACUUCAGCCAACAGUUUAAAACUGCAUGAGAGGAUUCACUCCGGAGCAAAACCUUAUGAGUGUUCACACUGCGACAAGCGAUUCCGUUACCGAGAAAAUCUGAAAACACACGAGAGGAUCCACACUGGAGAGAAACCGUACAAGUGUUUACACUGCGACAAGAGAUUCAGUCAGUCAAUACAUUUGAAAAGGCAUGAGAGGAUCCACACUGGAGAGAAACCGUAUCACUGCACUGCAUGUGGGAAGUGUUUCAAUCGUUCAUCUUCUCUACACAGUCAUACAAAAAACUAUCACAGUAAGUAGAUCAUCUUCAGAUCCAGCAUUUUCAGAUCUGAUGCCGCGCUCUCACCAAAUGUGAGACAAUAAUGCGUCAAGCAAUAAAAUAUCAUCUGGAUAAAUCUGUCCUCACCAGCCAUUACAAGCGACAU